AACUACAAUGUAUAUGAUGGCGGAAAGAAAAAUCGUUGCCAAAUGGUUAUGGAUGCAUUUGCGGAAAUGGCUCCAAAAGCUGCACUAACAGAAGCUAAUAGAGCAUUAUCUAUCUUCCUGGGAUGGUGCUUUGAAGUGUUUCAUGGGUUCAGCAUAAUUUUGGAUGAUAUAAUUGAUGGGAGUACAACCCGAAGAGGAAAAUCAUGUUGGUAUAAACUCGAUGAUGUCCGGAUGACAGCCAUCAAUGACGGCAUACUGCUUCAAGCCCUCGUUUAUGAGGUACUUAAGAAAAAAUUUGGUUCUAUGCAAUGCUACGGAGGUCUCCAAGAAGCAUUUCAUAAAGCUAUUUUAAUUUCCUCGAUGGGGGAGAACAUGGAACUCUCCACUAUGCAUCAGGAUGUCUUAACAUUCACAAUGGAGCAAGUUAGACGGAUUGCAACAAAGAAAACAGCUCAUUCUUCCAUCUAUACACCAACUGAAUUGGCCCUAAACCUAAUAGACAGUCGGAAUUUGCAAGCUUUGAAAGAUGCAAAGAAUGUUCUGUAUGAAAUUGGAAUUUUCAUGCAAAACCAAGAUGAUUUCUUAGACUGCUACGGUGAUCCAGCCGUUACAGGCAAAGUAGGAACUGAUAUUCAGGAUAACAAGUGCACGUGGCUCGUUGCAGCAUUCUUGGAACGUGCCAAUGAAGCACAAAAGGAAAUUCUGAAGGAAACUUAUGGGAAGAAAGACGAAAAGUCUGUUCAGAUAGUUAAGCAACUCUACGAAGACGUAGGUUUACGUAAAGUCUUCAGGACGUACGAAGAUUCUUCUUACAGAAAGAUCAAAGAAGAUAUUCAACAGGUAAAAGGAAUUCCGCAGAGAUUGUAUCAAAACUUGAUGGAUAAAUUUUAUAAAAGGAAAUUUUAAUUAUUUUUAAUGAAAAAAAAAACAUUUUAUAGUCUCUGAAUAAGAACAAAUCAAUAAAGAUCUAUUUCACUGACUCUUUUCCUAAUAAGAGAAAUGAUUUAACAAAUUGUAAUAAAGGUUGUAGAAUUGAGUUUUUUUUGUAAAAUUAGGUGAAUUAAUGAACAUUUUAAUUUGAAAGAUUUUGAAAUAAACUUUACUUUUAAAGCCCCUUGAUAAAAAAAAUAAGAUUUUUUAUAUUCUUAAAAUUCUGGCUUCAAAAAUAAAAUAGUUAUCACAGGUUGUCACCUACGUUCCAGACAACUAUUCAGCC